AUGCCGCCUACUCGUACUCGUCAAACCCGUCAGAGCUGCGACCGGUGCCACGCCCACAAACUGCGUUGUCCAAAACAGCCUGGCAACGCCAUUUGCAGCCGUUGCUCCAAGGCCGGAGCCGCAUGCGUGUAUAGCCCCGUGGGCACGCUGCCGGCCUACCGGGACUUGGCUGCAGGACUGGGUGAUGAUGCCCUGCCCCUUUCAAACGGUGCGACGGACUUGGACUGGGGCAACUUUUCUUUCGAUGAGAUCUUGGGCUUCUCGUCUGUUCAGCCUUGCGAUUCAGCGUCAUCUCGCCCUGAUCAAGCACCACUAACACAAGCCCCGGCUAAUCCUCGAUCCCAAUGCUUUGAAGAGCUUUCUUCUAUUACGGCCACUCUAGAUAGAGCCACGAGGGGCCUUCCCCCUAUUGACAAGUUCCACGUCCCUGGCCCCGAUUCCAAAAACUACUGUCUCGAGAUAUCCCAACAGUACAGUCACAAAGAGUCUCUCGAGCUCCUACUGGCCGAGACCCAAAAGCUGGUCGAUGUAUAUCCCAAAGCCGUACAAUAUGCUCUGGAACAGCGCCCAAGCCCCGACUGCAGUGUGCCAAACUGCAUACACACCUACAACUCCAUCACCAGUCUCCCAGACGAGCCCUUUGCAAACUCGGCGCAGCUGACAUCAAAGAUCGACUAUCCGCUACUAAACCUCCUUCUCUGCUGCCAUUACCGAUGUGCCGAUGUCAUGGAACUCGUCCUCUGCCACGUCCAGCUGUGUCUCAGGUUCCUCGCCGCGGCCAUGCAGCAGGAUGUCCAGCCUCACGAGUUUGACGUUCCAGAGCUCAAAAUUGGCUCAUUCACUCCGUCACGGCGAUCGUCGCCUUCCAUCAUCAUGGCGAUUCUGGUCGAUCUCCAGUCCUCCCUGGCCAGCUGUGUCCCGCGACUCAGCUCAGCGCUGAAUGAGAGGGAAGGGGAUUGUGGCAAGGAAGGCCGCAUACUUUUGCUUCAAUGCGAGCUACUUGCAGAGAGAGCAGAUUCCAUUGUAGACCGUCUGAAGAAGCUGAGAGAUACUCUCAGCAAUGCAGGGCUUCUUGCGUAG